AAAAUUCAAGUCAGGUUGUUUUACUAGGCCAGCACCUGCGCUGUGCUCAACUUGUGUGCAAUUGCACAACACGGGACCCUGGAAGAUAACGCGCGAACAAGUGGCUGAAGUGAAAUAGGCUAUCGCCUGGGGGAGGAGGAUAUUGCCGCUUAGCGGCAGCGCUCUUUUGGCGCGCCGGGGGUGCGCGGGGUUCUGGCAACGGCUGGCGCCGGGACUGCGCUGCACAGGCGCCCCUCAGAUCGGGUGUGGGCGCAUAACGGUACUGCACGCGUGUCAACCUAGGGCUGUACCAGGACAAUGUGGGGACAACCGUCAGACCGCGGCGGCUUCUCGCCGUCAUUCAUCCUGGGCCUCGUGCUCAUCAUGUUCCUGCUGACGGCGGACAUGUCCUCAUGGGGUAACGGGAACAACGGCAACCCUCAGCAAGUACGGCUUGGGCAACAGGCGCAGCAGCAGGCGCAGGAAGUGCGGGAAAAGUUGUUGUACGAACUGACGCUCAGCAAUGAGCGCCUAGAGAAGGAGAACCGCCACCUUCAUCAGCAGCUCCUGGUGCUGCGGCGGCUGCUACGCACGUGUCGUGGAGGGGCCGCGGGCAACCGGACGUUGACGCCUAGCGAGCUGGCGCAGCUGGCGCAGGAGGAGAUCGACCUAGCGUCUGGCAAAACCAGUGCCUUGACAACAGGGGCAGGGGCAGGGACAGGGGCGGCGACCGCGGGGUCUGGGGCUACAGCUGCAGGGGCAGGGGCUGCAGCCGGAGUAGGCGCGACGCAGGAAUCCGCCGCCGGCACGGGCUCAACCGGAACAGGGACAGCGGCGGCGCAGGACCAGGGCGCCGCACAAAAGCAGGGUGUGGGCGGAACAGGCGGCAGGAAGCUCCUGUCGGGCAGCGCAUAGACGAAGCCAUGUGAUUGCUUGUAGGCUCAUGUAGAGAUUCGGGCGGUGCGCCAUGGCUGCGCGCAGGCUGGCACGUACGGCAUUGGUGGCCUGGUGGGUGCACACAGCACAGCGGAAGCUGCUGGGGGCGCUGGUGCUCGUAUCAGCCGCGCACGGCCGAUGCCCCUUGAACGGAGGAACGCCGAAGGCACACGCAUAGUAGGUCGGCGGAUAGGGACGCAAAUGGGAGCAGGCACAGUACCUGCACCUGCGCGUAUACAAGCUGUUGGAGAAUGGAAGGAAGCGCAGUGCCGUACAGGAUGGCGCUGACGACGGUUCCUUAACUUCCUUCUCGGAUUACGGUGCUGGGUGAACCACAGGAGCAUGUUGUGUGACAACGUAGGGCGGCUUCGUUUGAACACGCGGCGAUGGUUGGAGUUUUGGAUACGGUAGUCAGGUGGUGCCCGCUCGAUUUCAAUCGUUGGAUGUCGUC